AUGGCAUUAUCAAAUAUGUAUGAUGAAAUGGUGGAACUGUUUUCAACACCCAUACAAAAUGUACCAUCAUUUGCAAGCGCAUAUAUUCCCCCUUCUGGACAUCGAAUCAAUCUUUCUCCUGUAACCUUUCUUGAAACUGAUGUUACUUCAUUGGAUGCCCAUGAUAGUAAUUUGGACAUUGAGAACAUGUCAUAUGAGGAGCUUGUUGAAUAUUUUGAACAAAUUGGCAAUGUAAGCAUAGGUUUGUCAGAAGAAACUAUUACGCGAGUUGUGAAGGCAAACACUUGUUUACUACCUAAUAUUUUGGAUGGAGUAACUUCUGAAGAGCAAGAAACUGAUCUUUGCGUAAUAUGUCAGGAUGAAUAUAAGAACCAAGAAGAAAUUGGAAUUCUACGAUGCCAACAUAAAUACCACGCAAAUUGCAUAAGGAGAUGGUUACAUGAAAAAAAUGUUUGUCCCAUCUGUAAAUCAGAAGUAUUAGAUUUCGAAAAGACGUUGAAAUAA